CAGCCGAACUCGCCCCCACUUUCCUCUCGUGAGAACACGCAGGCCGAGUGCGUAGAGGGGAAGUCCCUCCUCACGCCAAAACGUCACAGACGCCAUGUCUAGCUAUCCGUACGGGCAGGGCUACCCAGGAGCUGCUGGACAGGCCCCAGGGGCACCACCAGGCAGUUAUUAUCCAGGACAUCCCCAGUAUGGAGGGGGUCUACCCCCUGGUGGGGGUUACGGAGGCCCAGCUCCUGGAGGACCCUAUGGACCGCCAUCUGGUGGAGGGGCCUAUGGACAUCCUAGCCCUGGGGGACUCCCCUCAUCGGCUCCUGGAGGUCCCUAUGGCCAGCCUGCUACGAAUCCCUAUAAUGCCCCUCAGCCAGGACCUUAUGGGCAAGGCCCAUCCGCAGGCAGCAUUCCUCCUGGUAUAGACCCCGAAGCUUACUCCUGGUUCCAGACAGUGGAUUCCGAUCACAGUGGCUACAUCUCUGUGAAGGAGCUCAAGCAAGCCUUGGUCAACUCCAAUUGGUCCACAUUCAAUGAUGAAACCUGCCUCAUGAUGAUAAACAUGUUUGACAAGACCAAAGCAGGCCGGAUCGACCUCUAUGGCUUCUCUGCCUUGUGGACCUUCAUCCAGCAAUGGAAGAACCUCUUCCAGCAAUAUGACCGGGACCACUCGGGGUCCAUCAGCUACAAUGAGCUGCAGCAAGCUCUGUCUCAGAUGGGCUACAACCUGAGCCCCCAGUUCACACAGCUCCUGCUCUCCCGAUACUGCCCACGUUCUGCCAACCCUGCCAUGCAGCUGGACCGCUUCAUCCAGGUGUGCACCCAGUUGCAGGUGCUGACUGAGGCCUUCCGGGAGAAGGAUACAAGCAUGCAGGGCAAUGUCCGGCUCAGCUUUGAGGAGUUCCUCAUCAUGACAGCCUCACAGAUGUUGUGACCUUAACACAAUGCAUGAGUUCUCCUUAGGGGCAGAGCCAGAGGGGAUGCCUGGCCUCGGAGAUCCAGGGACCUUGAAGAACCUUCCCCUGCCCCCCAAACUGGAAACAGUGGGGGGGUUUCUUCCCUCUCCUCUCCCUUCUCUCACCACUGCCCCCAAAAGAAAGUAGAGCUCCCCUUUCUUUGAGUGGUAACAUUCCCAGAAAGGAGUCUUAGAACUUGGUCGUGACUGCCACGCUGUGAGCAUGGGGAGGAGUGACCAACCCCAGAGGACCUAGGCCCUAGAGCGGGAUGGGGGGCCUGACCCUUCAGGUAGCACAGCUGUGAGUCUGCUCACCUCCAGGCCCCGGAGAUGCCAGACUCAGCCCUUUUGGCUCGAGAGUUCAGCCGACUCCGGCCUUUGGAUCCAGGCCAGGCUUGUGGCCUUUGCUGGUGGCCUACGUCAGCACUAGCUCAUCUCUCACCACCGUAUAUAUUCUCCUCACUUCCUUGUGCAUCGUUUUAUAUUAGACAUGCUUGGGUUUUCUGAACAUGACAUGGAGACCAAGACAGGGCAUUUCCCAUUGAACCCCUGCUGCCCAGCCCCCGCUGCACCCGUGUUGCUUGGGUGUCCAAGGGCAGGCGCUUUCCAGCGCACCCGUUUCACCUGCUGUUGCCAAUGCAUCUCUGUGUUGUUUUCAGUCUGUAGGGGCCAAAAGUCCAACACACCUGUAAGCUUCAAUAAAGGGGUGCUACCUCACAAGCACAUCA